AUGGCACUGACAGCCGGGCCGGACCCAGACCCAGACCCAGAUCCAGACCCAUCGGUCCGUACAAGCACUGUCCGCAAGCUAGAUUUCGUCCUCCUCCCGUUCCUAUCUCUCCUAUUCCUUGUAAACUCCCUCGACCGCUCCAACAUCGGGAAUGCAGAAACUGCGCAUUUUACUCGUGAUGCUGGUCUGCAGCCUGAAGAUCUGAAUGCGGCGGUUGCAUGGUUUUUUGUCUUCUUUGUUGCUUUACAGCCGGUUGGGGCUGCGGCAGGGAGAAAAUUCGGAAUGAGCAGAUGGGUGCCGAGUGUUAUGACGCUUUGGGGAGUUUGCACCUUGUUGCAUAUAUGGGUCCGGCGCAGAUGGCAGCUUAUUAUGUUGAGGGUUAUACUUGGAGUUUUGGAAGCUGGCUUCUACCCAACUGCGGUAUCGUACCUUUCGCUAUUUUAUACCCGUUUUGAGUUUGGACGUCGACUUGGGCUCUUCUAUGGGUCGUACGGAGUAGCAGGUGCGCUUGGAGGAGUAAUUGCAUUUUUUGUUUUCUCUCGUUUCCCUCCAAGUGAGGACCCCAUCGACGACAGGAUCACUCCAUCCGACCAAAGAACAUUACGGCCAUGGCAAAUUCUGUUCUUGGUUGAAGGGUGUUUAACUAUCAUAAUUGCAAUAAUGGGAUUUUUCUGGCUCCCACGAAGUGCGGGGACGGCAUGGUUUUUGAGCGAAGAAGAGCAAGCAUGA